AAAUACUGGGAGGGAAAGGGUGAGAAAAUGCCGGAGGCAACAGUUGCCGGCCAGAGGCGCUGCUCCCCGCACAGCUGACCCGCACGCUGGCCCAACUCCGCAGCUCCCCUCCGCUCCGCCCGGCCCCGCCCCGCCGCGCUGCGUCAGGAGGGUCACGUAGCCUGCGCCACGCGCCCUGAUUGGCUGCGUUGGGGGCUCUAGGGCGUGUCUGUGGGUUCCGCGGGCCGGAGCUGCUGAGGGGAAUUGGUGGGCGGCUUGGGACGCUGGCCCCUGUUCCCAGGCCUCGGGAGGACGCCAGGCCGCGGGGAGCCUCGGCCUGGGGAGGGAAGGAGGACGGAGCCAGAGACCCUGAACUCGCGCCUUGUGCAGAGUGGACGCCAACAGUGCCAUCGAAAAGUUUAUUGCAGGGAGGUGACAAGAUCACAUUUUGAGAAGAAGCUGGAAAGAAGCCUGAGUGGAUUAAGAAGCCCCGGAUGAGGACAGGAUCUCUGGGGAGAAACUCUAAGGUAUGAUGAGUACCUUCUGAGUCUCAGGAUGGUGGGAGUUAGCCAGUGGAUUGCAGGCAUGUUGUGGAAGUUGCUGAUGAGAUCCCAGCCCUGCAGGCUCUGUUCUUUCAGAAAGAUGCUAUCAGCUCCAAAAUACACACCUUUUCUAGCAUCCUUCACCUAUACAACUGAUAAUCAGUCAAAUAGAGAAAAUAAAAAGACAGUAGAAAAGCUCUAUAAAUUGUCAGUUGACAUCAGGAAAAUUCAAAGAUUAAAAGGAUGGGUACUUCUGGAGGAUGAAACCUAUGUUGAAGAAAUUGCAAAUAUUUUACAACAGGUAGGUGCCGAUGAGACUGCUGUAGCCAGCAUCUUGGAACACUACCCAGAAGCAAUUAUCUGCAGUCCACCUGCUGUUAACACCCAGAGAGAACUCUGGCAGUCAGUUUGCAAGAACGAGAAAGAGUUAGUUAAGUUAAUAGAACAGUUUCCAGAAUCUUUCUUUACUGUUAAAGACCAGGAAAACCAGAAGCUGAAUGUUCAAUUCUUUCAAGAGUUGGGACUCAAAAAUGUGGUCAUUAGUAGAUUUUUGACAACUGCGUCUAAUAUUUUUCACACUCCUGUUGAGAAGAAUAAGCAAAUGAUAAAGGUUCUUCAAGAGAGUUAUCUAAAUUUAGGUGGCUCUGAGGUCAACAUGAAAGUUUGGCUACUAAAAUUAUUAAGCCAAAACCCAUUUAUUUUGUUAAAUUCUUCUGCAUCUAUAAAGGAAACACUAGAAUUUCUCCAGGAGCAGGGUUUUACAAACUUUGAAAUUCUCCAACUUCUCUCCAAACUCAAAGGAUUUCUGUUUCAGCUUUGCCCAAGAAGUAUACAGAACAGUAUGUCCUUCUCUAAAAAUGCUUUUAAAUGUACUGAUCAUGACCUGAAGCAAUUAGUUUUGAAAUGUCCUGCCCUUUUAUAUUAUUCUGUUCCAGUUUUGGAAGAGAGAAUUCAGGGAUUAUUGAAAGAAGGAAUUUCCAUAGCUCAGAUAAGAGAGACGCCAAAGGUUCUUGAAUUAACGCCACAAAUAGUACAGUACAGGGUAAGGAAACUGAAUUCCUUAGGCUAUAGAAUAAAGGAUGGAUAUCUAGCAAAUCUAAAUGGAACAAAAAAAGAGUUUGAGGCUAACUUUGGUAAAAUUCAGGCCAAAAAAGGAAGGCCAUUAUUUAAUCCUGUGGCACCAUUAAAUGUUGAAGAGUAACUUGCUGACUGAUGUUGCUUCUUUCUAUCAGUGCCGAGUAAAACCGAGUAGCAAAAACUUAAGUGAUUCAGGCAUAUUGUGGGCACCAGUAAUUUUAAGAACCUACUUAGCUUCUGAGUUGUGUUUAAAUGACCUCUAAGUAGAAAAUCUCUCACUCAAUUGCUGUACUUAAAAAUAUAAAUUGCAUCUAUUUUAAAUAAAGUUUGUAAUUUUGACCUUGA